AUGGAGACCUGGUUUUGGAUUCUUGGCUGCGUCCUUUCCUUUCUUGCCGUCACUGGAAAUGGAUUUAUAAUCUUCCUCGUCUACAGCAGACGAAAUCUCCGCACCAAAACCAACGCGUUUAUUGUUUCACUUGCAGUAGCCGAUUUCUGUGUUGGUUUGAGCGUUGUUCCUUCUUCGUUCGCAUGCGACGUUACAAACACCUGUGACUGGCCUAAGGUUUUUCCUUCGUGGGACGAUGUCGUGAGGUGGCUGUUUAGCUACUUGUCUGUUUUAAACUUAUGUUCUCUGGUGCUCGACCGUUAUAUCGCCAUCGUAAAGCCUUUUAAAUACAUAACUUUUAUGACUCGAUCUCGUGUUAUUCAAGUGAUAACUUCCUGUUGGAUAGCGUCAUUUACGCUGGUUGCGUUCAAGACCGCACUUCGACUUUGCUGUGAGACCCCUCUGACCAGUAUCGUUGCAGUUGUGGUUUUAAUGAUUUCCAUGGAAAUCGUUCCAUGCGUUCUGCAGAUAUUCUGUUUUGUGUCAAUGUUACUUCAUGUAUGGAAACAUAAUCGGUCAGCACGCACCCUAGCAAAACAGUUGAGUUUUAACCAUGGCAUAUCUUUUAAAACCCAUCACGAGAAGUCUGCAGUAGUAAUGAUGAGUAUUGUGAUAGGAGUGUUUGUUGUGUGCUACGGAAUAUAUUUACGUUGCAGUCUCGUAGUACUAUUCGACACAAAUGCAUCAUGUAAAGAUGAACAAUACAAAACUCCUGUCUUGGUUUUAAACUCGGCCAUUAACCCACUGUCUUAUGCUUUUUUCAAAAGAGACAUAAAGAAAGAGUUUAAACGACUUAUCGGUCAGGUGCCGGUUUUUAAGUACAAUAACCAAGUAGAGCCUUCCACUUAUACGUUAGAACAUUCUUGAAGGACAGAAAUAGCCCCUUUUAUAACGGGAUUGCGUCAGGCAACGCGGCAGUUUUGGGGCUGGAAAAUCACUGGCUGUUGGUCUCAAAUCAUAUUUUUGAGGCACUGGUGUUUAACGAGGGUACGAGAAUCCAAGGAAGAUGAGAAUACGAUCCAGUAUAUGUCAGGUACACUUGAAACAAUUCCGAAGUAUCAAGCCCACGUCAACAGUAGUAGUAGACUAAAUUUCUUAUUGAAACAUUUUUGUUUCAAACCAAGUGAUAGUAUUUCUUUUUCCUUUCUUUAUUUUCUAAAAUACCUUUUGUAAUCAACUCUGUCAAGUAGUUUCCUAGAUUUUAAACAAGCAUGAAGUAAAAAUUUUGGUUUUUGUGUAGGAAAAGAAUUGUAUUAUUUUUUGACUUCCCUGCAAACUGAUAGUUAAUUACCCUCAGUCCAUGCUAGGUGUGAAUGAAUAUUAAAACAUCUAGAGCACGAUCUGUAUGAUCAUUUUAAUGUAUACAUCAUUUGAUAUCUAUACAACCAACGUGGCAGAUUCCCUAGGCCUAUGGCGCGGCGAAAAGACAUCUCUUUCUUUUACACAAGUUUUAAAGCAGUUUCUACUAUACUGAUAACAGUGGAAGACUUUUUGAAUAAUUUGUGAUAAUCGUCUCAAUUUGCAGUAGCAGUUGUAAUUUGGUCUUUUGUCACUAUGAAAUUUAGGUCUUUUGUUGUCUGUUUAAGGUUGCUCGACUUGACUCCUCAAUUCAUGAAUCGCAUCCUGAGUGAUGUGAAAUUAAAACCUUUGUUAUUGAAGCUCAUCGAGAAAAGAUUCUUAGAUUUCAAACCACAAGAAAUUAAGAAGGCCAAGGGAUGGAUUAAACGGCAGCUGGAAAUUAGUUAAAAAUUUUAACUGACAGAUGAGAAAUAAUAGCAAGUAUUGAAUGACGCUGAAUACAUAGAUCUGUAUAAUUCUUCAGAUCGCACAAAGCCGAAUUCAAUAAUUUCUUUUUUAUUCCUUCCAAAAUAUUUAUAUCUAAACUACCUAUGCUUACCUGAAACGAUACCAUAGAGUUUGUCAGUUCCGACGGUAAUGAAUACAGGGGCGAUUUACAGAAUGUGUAGUCCAUCAGAUAUUGUUUAAAACGUAGUUAUCUCAUCCGUGGUAUUUUAUCAUAAAACCUGAUAGUCUUGGGCAGUAAUAGUACUCCUGGGUAUUUCAUUUUCUUCGCAAAACGUGCCAGAAAUUUUCGGUUAUUUUUUUAUUUGCCCAAUUGUGUAAAUUAUCUAGUAUGCAAACAGUUGUUCUCUUCGAUCAUUGGUCAAGAGGUGGAGAGAAUCAACAUAACAUCGUCAGAAAGUCUGAACUAUAAAAUAACAAGCAGGAUUGAAUUUAUCAAGGAGGAAAGAAAAAUGUAUUUUUUAUCACAGCCAUUAAAAUUUGUUAUAGUCUUAUUCGCCCCACUGAAACGAAAGAAAAGAUUUGUGAUAAAAAAAACUCAGGCUGAAAGGCAACCUAGCCCCCGCGGGAGGUACUGUCAGAUGGGAUAUGUCAUGAAGCUUUAUAGGGUAUAGUUCUCAAGCAGCUAAGAAUGGGAUUGCGUAUAGAAAUCAGAGAGCAAUCCUUGCAUAGGGAGGGAUUUGGGAAGUUUAGUUUGAAAGGGUAGCAAAAUUCAGCUGAAACAGAAGUAUAGGCUACGUGUUCCAGUGUUCCAGCGGCACAUUGCCACCCGAAAAUUUCUAAAGACCCCCCCACCCCCCUCUUCCUGCCCCUGGGAGAAAGAACUUCCUUUAACUGUUAACAUGGAGACCUGGUUUUGGAUGCUUGGCUGGUUUCUUUCAUUUCUAACCAUCACUGGAAAUGGAUUUACAAUCUUCCUCGUUGGCAGCAAACGAAAUCUUGGCACCAAAACCAACGGGUUUAUUGUUUAA